GAGAGAGAGGGAGAGAGAACAGGAUACUGGGAACGCUGUCCGGAGAGAACAUCACUGAUUCCUGAACAUGUUUGCGGAGUUCAACGCCCUGUUCUGGGUCAUCGCUGGGCUGCUGGUGGGGGCAGAGGGCCGGAGGGGCAGAAGAGACCUGGUACAGCUGGCGGAGAUGCUGGCGUGUAGCACCGGGAAGUCAAUGGCUCGCGUGUCCUGGGAUUACGUGGAUUACGGCUGCUGGUGUGGGGUACACGGCUCUGGGGCAGCGGUGGACGGCACAGACCGAUGUUGUAGGAAACAUGACCAAUGUUACGCGAAGCUGAUCGCUCGCUGCCCAGGUUUCUCUGUCUACUUUACCAAGUACGUCUUUCACUGCUACUCCAACCAGCGGGUGAAAUGUGAUGACGUGGACGAUGACUGUGGCUCUGCGCUGUGUCAGUGUGACCAGCGUUUGGCCGUCUGCGUUGGUUCUCAGACCGACUACAACCCCAAGUUCCGGCACCACAGAGCUCGGCGUCACUGUGUGUAG